AUGUCUUCUUUCUGGAUCAGGGCAAAGUCAAACCAGCGCUACAAGCUUCUAACUCGUCUGUCUGUCCCCAGCAGGUCUGUCCAUGCGCUCGCAAUUUCCAAUGAUGGGCAGGUGCUCGCCUGCGGUGGCACUGAAGGUGUCAAACUUUGGGAUAUCAAUUCUCGUAAAGAACUUGCCUGUUCAUCUCAUCGUCACGAAUCACGAGGAACUGUCAGCUGUGCGGCUUGGACCUUGACUAGGCCAACCACCACGGAGACUCUUUGUUAUGGAACUGGGCUGGGCUACGUUGUGUUUUUGCGCCGAAGUGUCAUAGAUAAACGAUUCCAGGAAAUUUGCGCGAGGAGGCUUGGUUCAGGUUUCGAGAUCACAUGUUUAUCAUGGGAUUCGACUUCUUCUGAGGCCAACACGCGGAUUGCAGUCGGAAUGAGAGACAAGAUAGUCCAAGUUCUCCUGCUCAACGCCAACUCGCAGCUUCAGUCUGUCUUCGCAGUUUGGCUUGACAAUACGGUACCAAAGUCCGUAGCGUUUGCAGACAACUACGACAUCUACGUUUUCGGCCUCUACGACGGAAAAUUCAUUAAACUGGAGGGCAAAGACGGUACUGUCGUGAGAGAGUUUAGCUGUCAGUCAGUCAUUGGGCAUGCUGCAGUCAACCUCAAGAAGGGCUUAUUCGUCGUAGAUAACGCGACGGAUGGCUUUACAAUUAUGUUGGUCCCCAAGCAAGUGGCCUUCGGGGAAGAAGGAAGGGUGGUUGCGGGUGGAAGUGACAACGGUUUGGUGUACAUAUUCGACAGGAAGGCAGGAGAGCUACUGGAGACUCUCCGUCACGCAAAUGGCGGCCUAGUGCAGACAAUAGCAACCCACAAUCUCAAUGGCCGCUGCACGAUCGCCAGCGUUUCGCCAGCGCAGGGCCGGGGAAAUACCACAAUCAAGCUAUGGACAUAUGAUUAUGCGCCUCGAAAGGCGUCCAAGACACCCUCCAAGGAUUAUUGGUGGCUAUGGCACAUGUUGAUGAUCCUGACCCAAGUGCUCGUUCUUCUGUCUACAAGCAUUUUCCUCGCAGUGAACUAUAAAGGAGGGUUCAUCGACAGAGCGGUAACAUGGUCAGUCGACCACAUCCAUCAGUAUAUGACUCCGCCUCCGAUGGCUAAAGUUGCUGAUGACUUUUCCCGACGUGCCAUCAACGAAUACUUAAAUAUGGAACGCCGAAAGGAAGGACACACGAAGAAUGACAUCGACAUACUCAGUGAAUUAGUGGACAAGCUCAUGGAGCUAGCGAUAGAAGCAGGUGGAGACCUCGACGACCAAGAACAUCCCGAGCAAUAA